GCAGUGACGUCUCCAAAAGGCUAUUUAUUUUAACGGAUGUUGCCUGUUGGCUCACUUCCUAGACAAAGGCCAGUUGUGUUGGGUUUUCACUACCUAAAUGAAUAAAUAUUAAAAAUUGUAAUUAAGAGUCUGAUUAAAGACGCAUCCACUCCAUUAAAGUACAGGGGCUUUUCGUCUAACAACACCAAUGCUAAGAGUUUGUGGUGCUGAGGUUUUAUGACCGUUGUACCAGGUCAGUUUACUGUAACUUUUUUUAGGCAUCAUGAGCACAAGCCAGCGACGGCGACCCUGUCCAGCUCUCUCCCAGCCCAGACGCCCAGCCAAAAGGGGCUUGUACUCCGACAGGCUAGCCCACAUGGCUGCAGAGUGCAUAGAGGUGGAGGGGACCCAGGUGGAAAGUGAGGAGGUGGUGGAUCUCACGUGUGAGAGCACAGAGGCCGCUGUAGUGGACCUCACCAACUCGGACUCUGUGCUGAUUGUAGACGAGGGCCAGACGCCUAAACGCGGGGCUGGUACUGAGAGUUAUGUACUGAGCAGCGACGAAGAGGAGGGCCAUUCUACCGGGGGCGCGGCCUUCCUCGCUCACCUGGAGGCCAACAGCCGGGCCAGGUCCAUCCCAGGCAUGAUCAGCUGCCCCAUCUGCAUGGACACCUAUACGGAGAUCGUGGGGAGUGGAAGGCUUGUCGUCUCGACCCGGUGCGGCCACCUCUUCUGCAGCGUCUGCCUCCGAGACUGUCUGGCCAAGUCACACACCUGUCCGACCUGCAGGAAGAAACUGACGAGCAAGCAGUACCACCCGAUAUACAUCUGAGCCGGCCUGCUGUCCGCACCAGUCUCUCCUGGAGGUGCGAACGGUGCACAGGCUCAGCAGCAGCCUUUCCAUCGGACCCACAUCCGCUCUGGCUGCAGGCCUGAGUGUGUACAAGGGGCAAAUUGGCACUUAUCUGUGUUUCAGGAAGACCUCCUUCACCCUCUGCCUCGAACCCUGAGGCCUCUGUGGCUGUUGCAGUUAUUCAUAGCAGUAUGAGAUCACAAACCACCAAGAGAGUAUACCUCCCAUAACAUGCAGCUUUUUGUGUGUAAAUUUAUGCGAUCCAUGCAAAGGGGGCCCAGUUUUGCUCAGGAAUCACAGCUGGCGCCAAAGACUCAAGGGAGAGCUGUGGGGGUGUGAGACAGCGCCCCCUCGUGGACAUGCUGUUGGUGUUGCAAUAUUCUUAGCUGUUUGUUAAUGUUUGUAUUUAACACUAAAUAAUUACAUAGGACUUUUGAAUAAUUUUGUAUUAAAUGAACAGUUGAAUAACUGCAGUCUGUGGACAAGGGUAAGACCACCCCCCCCCAAGAAAAAGGAAAAACACGCUUCUAAAAAUGUCAUUGUGUAUGUUUGCCCUUUUGAAAAAUUAAAAUACCACAGAGGAAGAAACUCUUUUUGACAAGUAGUGAGUAAAACUCACCUCUGGGAAGUUUCCUGACUGUGUCCCGUUUCUUGUUAUAUAUUUUUUUUAAUUAUUUAAAGUUUGGGGGCUAUUCACUGUAUGGCUUUACAGUCAGCUCUAUGAAAUUGCCCUAACUUUGCUGGGGGUGCAGCGGCUUAGUCAGAUGUUGGUGUAUUUUUGGUUUUCCUAGAUUUAAACUCGCUGAAAGAUGACUUUGGUUUGAUUUUUGUGUUUUCUGAAUGUAAUACCACCCUGGCACAUUUUGCAAACAUGUUUUUGAAUAUUAAAGUAGUCCAAGAAGUCUA